GGAGAUGACAAUACGCGCGCGCGGACAGCUACACGAGCGAAGGCGCUUCCGGGAAGGAAAAAGCCAUAACCGCCACUCGUCCUCCGCAACUGCCGCUCUCGCCGCCGUAACCGAAAUUCGAACGCUCCGUCGCUCCCCCACCACCGCAGACCCUAAAACCCUAGACGACCAUGUCUCUGUGCGAGCCCUCGUCGUGGCUCGGUCCAUCCCUCUCGAGAACCCUCGUGCCGACCUCACGAUCCCCCAAGCGAUCGAGGGGCGCCUGCCGCGCCGCCGUCAUGUCCACGGCCGCCGCCGACAGAGCCGCCGCCGCCGCCCCCGCCGUUUCUCCUCCUUCGCCCAGGCGGCCCAUCUCCGCCUUAGAGGCUCGGGUCUCCCUCGUGUUCGCCCUCGCUUCCCAGGCCUCUUCCGUCUCCCAGCGACUUCUGGUGGAUUUGGCGACCGAAACCGCGAAGUACGUGCUCCCGAAGAGGUUCGAGAGCCGCAAUUUGGAGGAGGCUUUGAUGGCAGUUCCGGAUCUCGAGACGGUGAAGUUCAAAGUUUUGAGCAGGAGAGACCAGUAUGAAAUAAGAGAAGUGGAGCCUUACUACAUAGCGGAAACGACAAUGCCUGGAAAGACUGGAUUCGACCUCAAUGGGGCUUCUCAAUCCUUCAAUGUCUUAGCCGAGUACCUCUUCGGUAAGAACACAACAAAGGAGCAAAUGGAGAUGACUACCCCUGUUUAUACACGCAAGAGUCCAUCUGAUGGAAAGCGAAUGGAAAUGACGACACCCGUAAUAACAAAGAAGGUGGAAAAUGAAGGGAAGUGGCAGAUGUCCUUUGUUAUGCCCUCAAAGUAUGGUGCGAAUAUACCUUCACCUAGAGAUCCAUCAGUAAGGGUUAAAGAGGUUCCAGGGAAAAUUGUUGCUGUUGUUGCCUUUUCAGGUUUUGUUACUGAUGAAGAAGUUAUACAACGGGAGUUAAAACUUAGAGAUGCUCUGAAAAGUGAUGGAGAGUUCAGGGUAAAAGAAGGUGCUUCUGUGGAAGUUGCACAGUACAAUCCACCUUUUACGCUACCUUUUACACGUCGUAAUGAGGUUGCCGUGGAGGUGGAAAGGAAGGAACAGUAGCUCUUAUCUGGAAAUCCUAGAACUUGGAGGAAUGGUGUAUAAAGAACCUCUUAUCCUUUGUAAAGUGGAAACUACCUGUAUAUAAAUAGAGGCAAAGGUGGGUGCUUUGAGCUAAA